CUAUAAUCAACACCGACAUGAAGAACCUCAGCGGUCUCCCACUUGACGACGAUAUCAUUUGUCGUAUCUUCACGUUCUUAGGAGAUCUUGAUACGUUAAAAUCAGCCAUACUGACCUCAAAAUCAUUUCACAACGUCUACAACUCUCAGUCAAGUUUCAUACGACGCGCUGUGGUGGAGAACUUCGUUGGCCCUGCGCUACCUCAAGCUUUACAAGUUGUUCGGUGUCGUGAGCCUAGACAUGUCGACUCGGAGACAGAAGAUGAAGACGCAAGUGAGACAGACGAGAGGGAUUCUUUCUCGAACGAGGAAAUUGCCCAGCUCGUCGACAACGCAAGAAUGUUUCGAAUCUUGGAGGAUGUCUUUAGUCUGAGACAUAAGAACCGCAAGUUCAAUAAAAGCCAGUUGACAGGCGUGGAAUCUCUCAAGUUUCAACGGGCGAUGUACAGAAUAUCGUUGUAUUGCAAGAAAUUUCCCGGCACACUCACGCAAAAUCUAGACCUAGGAGAAGAAGAAAUUCCCGCCACAGCCAAGGCUCAGAGAAUAGAAAGAAAGAAGUUUUUGAGUCAACUGUCGACGGAAGAGCUGCACCGAAUUCAUACAGUAUCCCGCUUUUUGAUUGAGAUCAUAGAAUGGGCCCAGCAAUGCGAGACAGGUGAAACGGAAGAUUUAAGCGAUUACCUGUCUGUUGGACCUGCUGUCAUUUAUGAGUGUUAUGACGAAGGCUCAAUGCAACCAUUAUAUGAUGUCCUUGGUUGCGAAGAUCUGCCUACAGAUGAUUUGUUCGAGGAGGAACCUCUCCUUGCAGGUUUUCUCUCGCGGCCUCUGCGUAAAUUAUUCGCAGAACGCAACUCCAAAACCUUGUCUGAUGAUUCUUCGCAUUGGGACUCGAUAUUAGAUGAGGUCCAAGGCCAAGACGAUUCAUGCUCUCGUUGCGAGCAAGUAAAAGGUUUCGAUUUGUGGGGUCGAACGACUUACAAGUUCCUUUAUCAACAAACGGUGGAUCUCGAACCAGGGACCGGACUGGUCACUCUGUUGAAGGGUCAGUUAUCCCGCAACGCGGUGGAAUCGCGAUAUUUCAGAGGACUCGUCAAGAAGAUACCUGAUGCAGAGAGUAUAUACGAGCAGGUCGUGGAAGAACUGCUCAACAGCGAUUACAAGCAACCGGAGUUUGAUGACUGGCGGGCCGACGACUCGCUUUGUACAGACUGCCUUACCAAGUUCUUGAAGGAGAAUCUUCACUUGUGGCUACUAGACAAGAAGAUACAAGCCGGGGACGACGUGCCCAAGGAUGACUGCUGGUAUGGGUGGAAUUGCCGGACUCAAACACAUAAUGCGGACCAUGCAAGGAAACUGAAUCACAUAUGUGAGCCAACCAAGGGCAAUGUGGCCACUUGAUAACCUGCUGGAUGAAGAACUGAACUGAAAUUGCGGAUUUUUUUUCCUAUAUCGAUCAACACUUUAUUUAUUUAUUAUAUUUAAGUAACAUUACUCUUAUUUCACGUAUGUAUGUGCUCUAGACGUCGGCAAGUGUACACUCUACCAGACCCUUGUAUCGUACAGUAAUACUUGUGACUGAGCGAAAUGACUUCGUCCGCGA